AUGCCUAAACUAUCUACGUUACCCACAUUUUUGUCGGCACUCGUCCUCACCGCCGUGGUCGUAUCCGCUCACGAACAUCAUGAUGAACUAAGCGAAGAAGAGGCUACAGCUCCAGUCGAUACCAUCUUAUGGAUCCACAUGGGCCUGCAAGCACUUGUCUGGGGCAUUUUAUUUCCUGUUGGAAUGGUUCUCGGAAUCACACGAAGUCGCUGGCACGUUCCCCUCCAGAGUGCCGGCUUUGCACUGACAAUAGCAGGCAUAGUGUUGGGUCACUCUCAUAAAGGGCGUCAAUUCCUGCCUUCCGCACACGGUGUCUUCGCAAAUGUCCUGUUCAUCCCAAUAUUUGCUCAACUACUGCUUGGGAUCUAUCUUAAGCUACACAUACAUGAGCGCACCAUACGACCUUACGCUGUUAUCGCACAUGGCAUUGUAGGAAAAUCCUAUCCCGUACUUGGAUGGACCCAAAUGUUGUUGGGUGUGAUCGCCUUCAGAGGUUAUUGUCGGGAUCACUUGGGCCAAUGUUUAGCUCACUAUAUUAUGGGAAGUGGGUUCGUUGCUUACGGUGUUAUCAUGGCGAUCUUGCUUGUGGUGGGCGAGGCUUGGGUGAAACGAAGUGGUCGCAGCCCAGAAUGGUGGGAUUCGUGGGUUAUCACUUUGUGGGUGAGUCUUAACACUUUCACCGAACACCGUGGAUCAACGUGGUCUGUCAAGGACAUGCAGCAUACCAUCAUUGGCAUCGUAUGGUGGACGGGAGGCAUACUAGGGAUAUUUGUAUCUCAAAAUAAUCAACGCAAUGUGGUUCCCGGUUUGAUCAUUAUUUUGACUGGCUGGGCAAUGUCGCAGCACGCUCAAGCUCUGGAAAUAUCCACGAAGGUUCAUACAACUUUUGGAUACACGCUUAUGCUCGCUGGGUUUUCUCGCAUAGUCGAAAUCUGCUUUGUCCCAUCGAAACCUUCAGAUGUUGAUGAUGGGAAGAUGGCUGCUGCUAGAGCCUUCCGUCACCUCCCACCUUUCGUGAGUCCAAAAAUUUUGUUCAUGUCCGCUACCGACGAGGAACUUGACUAUGUACACGACAAUGGCAUGGAUCAUGUCACUUAUCUUCUGAUUAUGUUCAGUCUUGCAUUCGCGUUGUACACUCUCAUCCUCACGUUGAUCCGCCUAUUCUCUACUACCGGAAGAAAUGCCCAAUCUUUCUCAACUACCGGUAACAACAUUGAACUGGCCUCACCACGGAGCCUAUCAAAAUGGUACGCGCCAGUACCCAGAGAUGAUGUUGCUACACAUAUCUUAGGACCCGAUGAGGACGAUUGA